UUACUUUUGUCAGCUGUCAAAUGAGUCAACAAUCAUUACUUCUCAAUUUUGCAUGUCAGAGAUAUUCUUAAACCCUUUUCUAUAAUGUACAGACAGCCACCGUACAACGGCGGUGCAGGCGGCGGCUGGCGCGGAGCAGAACCACCGUACAACGGCUGGCGCGGGAUACAGCCAACGUACAACAGCGGAGGCAGCAGCUGGCGCGGUGCAGAAUCACCGUACACCGGCAGAGGCGGCGGAUGGAACGGGGCGGCGCUACCACCACCACCACCACUAGGGUAUCAAAGCCCUCAUGUUAAUCAUCAUCCUCAAUCCCCAAAUAUGUUCCAUCCUUCAAACAACCCUAAUUUUCCGGUUCAAAAUCCUAACUUUCGGAGUUUUCCGGUCCAACCGAACCCGAGGUUCCAAUUCCAGCGGCCUCCUCCUCCUCCUCCGCCACCGCCUCAGGCUAAGAGUUCCUUCAAUGCUGGUGAGAUUGUUCUCAAAGUUGAUAGGGCUGUAAAGAAGGUGCGACAAGACCUUAUAGAGGCGGGUGAAAAUGUAUCUGCUUGGAAAGUUUCUCAAGCUGCUUUGGCUAUAGUUAAAGCUGAUUCUUGGGAGUCUUUGGGUGUCCAAAUGCAGCAAGUACCCUCUCUCUACAGCCUCAUACUUAUCGAAGGGAAGAUUGUUGCUUUCAUCCACUGCUUUGUCGCUGUUCUAAGAAUUACUACAUUGUAUGAUUUGGAAGUUGCCAUAUGCAAGAAUGAGGGAAUUGAUCAGUUUGAAGUGCUGGAAUUGGGUCCUCUGCUGAAACAUCCGCUUAUCAUUCAUUACUUUUCUGUAAAUCCUGGCGUGUCAGAAGUUUUUAAAAUAACGAAUGAGGAGAUAAUGUCCUUCCUUUCUGAGUUUAUGGAUGGUAAUGGAAGCACGGAUAUGAAAAUAGAUGAACUUUUGAACUUCAUUGCCGAGAAGAAGUCUGUUGGAUCCAGAGAUAAGCUUGGGGUGCGUAUUCAGAGCUUGGGGAUGCAUAUUACAUUCAUCCAGCAAGCAAGGCAGUUCGAAACUAGUGUGAAGAACAAAUAUAUGCAUACAGAGGAAAAAGAGUCCAGUAAAAUUAUUAGGAAACGUCCUAUUCUAUCUGCACAGAAGAAGCAGUUAGAUAAGAAUUUCAUUUCCAUAUCAUCAGAUUCAGAAGAUACAAGCAGUGACAAUGAUCAGGAUGAAACUGAAAACAUUAAAAGUUCAGAGGAACCACGCGUAUGUCCUUACCCAUCAGCAUCUGUUGAAAUGAUGCCACUUGGUUUGAAAGCUGAAGUUGAGUUGGAUGAGAAUUUCAUUUCCAUCUCUGAGCGCACCACAUCAUUUUCCUCAGCUAAUGGGGAAUUUUGUGGUAAACACACAAGAUUUAUAUCAUCAGAUUCAGAAGAUCCGAACAGUGAUGUCAAUCAGGAUGAAACUGGAAACAUAAAAAAUUCAGAGCGACCAAGCAUAUGUCCUUACCCAUCAACAUCUGAAGAAAUGAUGCUACUGGGUUUGGAAUAUAGUAAGGAUAUUAGGCAAUCUGAGAGUACCUUUCUCACCCUUUUGGAUAAGAUCAAGCGUGAAAUCGAGCAAUCCAAGAGAAAACGAAAACUUGAUUAUAUUCAGAGUCCCAUGGCUUCAAACAAAGUAGUCAAAAGAAAAGUGGUUCAGACAAAACCUUUUACUAGUAGGAAGGGAACAAAAAAUUCUCAGUUGGGGAAUCAAGACUCAAAUGAUUCAAGUGAUUUUCCACAAGGCAAUGAUUCAAUUAAGAUGUUUGUUAACACUUGGAAAGAGGCAUGCCGGACAAACGAUAUAGACGAGGUUCUUGAAAGGAUGCUUCAGUUCUAUACGGUGAAGAAGAAAGCUGAAGUGACAGCCAUGUUUUCAUCAUUUCCAUUUUGUGGGUUGCUUCAAGUUGCUGUUACAUCUAUUAAACAUGGGAUGUUGGAUAGUUUGAACAAUAAUCCCCAAACGUUUAACCAAUGUGUUACCGUUGGGGACAUAAUUGGUAAAAUUUCUACAUAUUUUGAGGGUGAUGAUGAUGCCUGGUCCACUGCAAGUUCAUACCAUGAGAAGUUCUUAUUCCUAUUGAAUAAGUUUUGCAAGCUUGAAUCUUGGUUGACAGAGCAGUUUUCUGUCAAGCAAUUUGAGUCACUUGGUUAUGGGGAUAUCUGGUCCUUCCUGGAGAAAAAUAUGCACCUGUUUAGUCAUACUUUAUCAAGGUGCUUAACAGGUGACAUGCAUGAGAAUACUUCUCUGGUACCUUCAAUGCUUGAUUAUCAGUUUGAUCUGUUGUUAUCUCAGGCGUCACAGUGCUUAUGGGAGACUGAAAAAGUAGGCAAGCGAAGAAUUUCUGACUUACUAAUGAGACAAUUUCCUUUAGUCUGUUUAAAAGUAGCUGGAAGUGACUUAAUGAUGGGUGUAGAGGGUUUUAUGAAGAUACAUAAAGGUGAUAUGACCUUAAAAUCUGUUGUAUUCUCUGAAACAUUGCUCAAGGAAGAUGUAGUAGGAAGAUUUCACAAAAAUAUGUUAGAGAAAAUGGGUUUAGAGAAUGGUGAAGGACACGGAGCUUGUAUAGUGAUGUCCAAAGAAGCCAUGAAGGUCUUGCUAAACGCUCCAAUGUUGAUAGAUUUGAACUUGUGGUCACAUUGGGACGUUGUCUUUGCUCCUUCUCUAGGUUCUCUUGUGGGUUGGCUGUUGAACGAGGUAAGUACCAAAGAGUUGUUAUAUUUGGUGACUGCAUGUGGGAAGGUUUUCCGUGUUGAUCAUUCAGCCACUGUUGAUUCUUUUCUAAAUGUACUGCUGCAAGGAAAUCCUUUUGAUACGGCUGUCAAACUGUUAUCACUUUUGGUCUUAUAUGGUGGUGAAAAACGUGUUCCUCUUUCACUCCUAAAAUGCCAUGCACGUCAUGCAUUUGAAGUUUUAAUUGAACAGUAUGAGGAAAUAAAAUCACAGAAUCCCCUCAAGCAUACUAAAUUUCUGCAUAGACAGGUUAUAAAUGAUAGAAGUACAUUCACUAAAAGCAGCAAGGUACUGAGGAGCGAUAGGAUGGAUAGUGCCGUGUCUUUUGUGUCAAGAUUUGUACUUGAUUGUCUGGGCUAUCUGCCAGUUGAGUUUUACUGUUUUGCUGCAGACAUAUUGCUUGCAGGAUUGCAGCCAUUUGUCAAAGAUGCUCCUUCAGCUAUCUUAGGGGAAUGUGAACACUUCGAGCAGCGUCUUAUGCUUCAUCGAGUUGGAAUGUUGCUUGGCAUAAUGGACUGGGUUGACGAUAAACAGAAAUUGAGUUCCAGUUCUGCCUCUAGCUUGUUAAUGUCUUCUGGAUCAUCAUGCUUGGGAGUCACAGAGCUUGACCUUAGCAUAGACUCAACCAUUAUGCAUGUACUGUCAAACAAAUAUCCCUUGUCUAGAAGUAGAAUUAGCCUCUCACCCGAUCCAAUGCGGCAAAAUGAAAAUCAAGAAGCCUGCUGCUCUGCUAUUGUAACUGAUGUUCCUCUUGAUGAUUUGGCUGGUUAUGCCAAAAUGCCCUCAUGUGAGCUUGAGUGUUCUGGUGCCAGGGUUAUUGAAUCUAUUCAACAAGAAGAAUUCGGUCUGCAGCCUGAUCAAUCACUAGUUGAAAGUGCAUUGUUGAAGAAGCAGCAUGCUCGCUUGGGGAGAGCACUUCAUUGUCUUUCACAGGAGUUGUAUUCACAGGAUUCACAUUUUAUCCUUGAGCUGGUGCAGAAUGCUGAUGAUAAUACCUACCCUGAGACUGUAGAGCCCAGUUUGACUUUCAUUCUUCAGGAUAAAGCCAUUAUUGUUCUAAACAAUGAACGUGGUUUUUCUGCUGAUGACAUCAGAGCACUCUGUGAUGUUGGGAACUCUACUAAGAAAGGACGCAAUGCUGGAUACAUUGGCAAGAAAGGCAUUGGUUUCAAGUCAGUAUUCCGGGUCACUGAUGCUCCAGAGAUUCAUUCCAAUGGCUUCCAUAUUAAGUUUGACAUCACCAAUGGGCAGAUAGGUUUUGUUUUGCCAACUGUUGUUCCUCCGUGUGACAUUGACUUCUAUACCAGAUUGGCAUCAUCAGAUUCGGAUUGCAAUCAUUGGAAGACAUGCAUAUUGCUUCCCUUGAGAUCAACUCUCUUGGAAAGGUCCAGUGGAAAGAAUAUUAUAUCAAUGUUUGCUGAUCUUCAUCCAUCAUUACUACUUUUUCUUCACCGUCUUCACUGUAUCAAAUUUCGAAAUAUGUUAAGUGAAUCUAUUAUUGUUAUGAGGAAAGAAGUUGUGGGAAAUGGUAUUAUUAAGGUUUCCUUUGGAGAGGAGAAAAUGACUUGUUAUGUCGUAUCCCAGAAAUUACGGGCUGACACUAUUCGUCCUGAUACGCCAACAACAGAAAUUUCCAUAGCGUUUACAUUGCAGGAAACAAUUGAUGGAUGCUACAACCCACACCUGGACCAACAACCUGUUUUUUCAUUCCUCCCUCUGAGAAAGUAUGGCUUGAAGUUUAUACUUCAGGGCGACUUUGUACUCCCUUCGUCCAGGGAAGGAGUUGAUGGUGAUAGUCCUUGGAACCAGUGGUUGUUGUCAGAGUUCCCUAGCUUGUUUGUUAGUGCUGAGAGGUCAUUUUGUGAUCUACCAUGUUUUAGGGAUAAUCCAGCAAAAGGCGUUGCAGCUUAUAUGAGCUUCGUUCCCCUUGUAGGAGACGUUCAUGGUUUUUUUUCUGGUCUUCCUCGGAUGAUUCUUUCUAGAUUACGCACGUCAAACUGCUUGUUACUAGAAGGUACAGAAAAUGAAUGGGUUGCUCCAUGCAGAGUUUUGAGCAAUUGGACGGAAGAAUCUCGUAAGCUCUUGCCUGAUAGCUUGCUUUGUAAGCAUCUUGGUUUGGGGUUCUUGCAUAAAGAUAUAAUCUUACCAGAUUUGUUAGCCAUGGCCCUAGGGAUUGAGAAGUAUGGACUGAAAGUUCUAUUUCAGGUUAUGACUUCUUUAUGCUCUUCAGAAGAUGGUCUAAAGUCAAUGGGUUUGGGAUGGUUAUGUGAGUGGUUAAACACUGUAUAUACUUUGUUAUUAAAUAGUGAAAGCUCAGCAGGUUUUCGUUCAGCAACAGAUCUCAUGAAUGACCUCUGGAAAAUUCCAUUUAUUCCCCUUUCGGACGGUAAGUAUGGAUCACUGGAUGAAGGAGUAAUUUGGUUGCAUCUUGAUCCACUGGGACCUACAAUUGAUGAUAAGUAUGCAGCAGAAACUUUCCCAAGACUGUUCGCUAGUCUUAGAACAGUGAGUUCUGCACUUCUUUCUGCUGCUGCUGCUCUUGGCACAUCACACUGUGAAUCAUCAAUAUUAGAUAAUGUUACCAGGAUUCUGUAUAGAGCUGGUGUCCAGCCGUUAUCGGCUCAUCAAAUAGCAAAAAAGCAUAUUGUACCAUCUCUCUACAGAGAGCAGAAUGGACGAAGCCAUAGAGAAAUAAUGACUGAGGAUCUUGCCUUCUUUAUGUUCCACUUGCAAUCGAGUUGCCCCGACUGUCAAUCAGAAAAGGAGCAGAUCAUCAGAGAAGUGCAUGACAAUGCUUUUUGCCAAUGUGACUCUUGCAUAUGUCAAUGUCCAGAACUCCAUAGCAACAGCCUGUUUUUUGCAUUUCUUCCUCUGAGAAAGUAUGGCCUGAAGUAUAAACUUCACGGGGAUUUUGUAGUCCCUUCAUCUAGAGAUGAAAUUACUAGUGAUAGUGCUUGGAACCAGUGGCUGUUGUCAGAGUUCCCUGGCUUAUUUGCUAGUACGCAAAGGUCAUUUUGUGAUCUUCCAUGUUUUAGGAAUAAUCCAGCAAAGGGUGUUACAGCAUAUAUGAGCUUUGUUCCCGUUGUAGGGGAGGGUCAUGGUUGCUUUUCUAGUCUUCCUCAGAUGGUUCUUUCUACAUUAUGCAUGUCAAACUGCUUGAUACUAGAAGGCACAGAAACUGAAUGGGUUGCUCCAUGCAAAGUUCUGCGAAAUUGGACAGAAGAGUCUCGUAACCUUUUGCCUGAUAGCUUACUUCGCAAGCAUCUUGGGGUUGGAUUCUUGCACAGAGAUAUUGUUUUAUCAGAUUUAUUAGCCAGGGCUCUUGGAAUCAUGGAGUACGGACUGAAGGCUCUAAUUCAGGUUAUAACUUCUCUAUGCUCUUCAGAAGAUGGUCUAAAGUUAAUGGGUUUGGGAUGGUUAUCUGCAUGGUUAAACGCGGUUUAUGCAUUGUUGUCAAAUGGGAAAGACUUAGCAGGUUUUGAGACAGAAUCAGAUCUCAUGAAGGGCCUUCAGAAAAUUCCAUUUAUUCCCCUUUCAGAUGGUAAUUAUGGAUCACUUGAUGAAGGUGCAAUUUGGUUGCAGUUUGAUCCAAUGGGCACUACAAUUGAUGGUGACUAUGUGCCAGAAACUUUCCCCAGAUUGCAUGCUAGUCUCAGAACCGUGAGUCCUGCACUUCUUUCUGCUGCUGCUACUCUUGGCACAUCAAACUGUGAAUCAUCAGAAGUAGAUAAUGUUAUUAAGAUGCUGUACAGAGCUGGUGUCCAACGGUUAUCGACACAUGAAAUAGUAAACAAGCAUAUUCUGCCAUCUCUCUACAGUGAGAAAAAUGGAGAAGGGUGUAGACACUUAAUGACAGAGUAUGUUGCCUUCUUGAUGUUCCACUUGCAAUCGAGUUGCCGCAACUGUAAAUCAGAAAAGGAGCAAAUUAUCAGAGAAAUACGUGACAAUGCUUUUUGUCAAUGCGACUCUUGUAUAUGUCAUUGUCCAGAACUCCAUAUCAACAGCCUAUUUUUUGCAUUUCUUCCUCUGAGAAAGUAUGGCCUGAAGUAUAAACUUCAGGGUGAUUUUGUGCUGCCUUCAUCUAGAGAUGAAGUUGAUGGUGAUAGUGCUCAGAACGAGUGGCUGUUUUCAGAGUUUCCUGGCUUGUUUGUUAGUGCUGAGAGGUCCUUUUGUAUGCCAUGUCCUAGGGAUAAUCCAGCAAAGGGUAUUACAGCUUAUAUGAGCUUUGUUCCCCUUGUAGGGGAGGAUCAUGGUUUCUUUUCCAGUCUUCCUCAGAUGAUUCUUUCUAAGUUACGCAUGUCAAACUGCUUGAUAGUAGAAGGUAUGGAAAAUGAAUGGGUUGCUCCAUGCAAAGUUUUGCGCAGUUGGACAGAAGAGUCUCGUAAGCUCUUGCCUGAUAGCUUGCUUCGCAGUCAUCUUGGGGUUGGAUUCUUGCAUAAAGAUAUAGUUCUACCAGAUCUAUUAGCUCGGGCUCUUGGAGUUGAGGAGUAUGGGCUGAAGGUUCUAUUUCAGGUUAUGUCUUCUCUAUGCUCUUCAGAAGAUGGCCUAAAGUCAAUGGGUUUGAGAUGGUUAUCUUCAUGGUUAAACACGGUUUAUACAUUGUUGACAAAUGGGCAAGAGCAAGACUUAGCAGGUUUUGGGACAGAAUUGGAUCUCGUGAAGGACCUUAGGAAAAUUCCAUUUAUUCCCCUUUCAGACGGUAAAUAUGGAUCACUAGAUGAAGGCGUAAUUUGGUUGCAUUUUGAUUCAACAAGAACUACGAUUGAUGGUGACUAUGCACCAGAAACCUUCCCAAGAUUGCAUGCUAGUCUUAGAACUGUGAGUUCUGCACUUCUUUCUGCUGCUGCUGCUUUCGGCACAUCAUACUCUGAAUCAUCAAUUGCCGAUAAUGUUAUGAGGAUGCUGUAUAGAGCUGGUGUUCAACGGUUAUCGGCACAUCAAAUAGUAAAGAAGCAUAUUCUACCAUCUCUCAACCAAGUACAAAAUGGAGGACAGAGAGACAUGAUGCCUGAGUAUGUUGCCUUCUUGAUGUUCCACUUGCAAUCGAGUUGCCCUGACUGUCAAUUAGAAAAGGAGCAAAUUAUCAGUGAAGUGCGUGGCAGUGCUUUUUGCCAUUGUGACUCUUGUGUAUGUCAAUGUCCAGAACUCCACAGCAACAGCCUAUAUUUUGCAUUUCUUCCUCUCAGAAAGUAUGGCCUAAAGUAUAAACUUCAGGGUGAUUUUGUACUGCCGUCAUCUAGAGAUGAAGCUAAUGGUAAUUAUGCUUGGAACCAGUGGCUGUUGUCAGAGUUUCCUGGCUUAUUUGUUAGUUCCGAGAGGUCAUUUUGUAAUAUGCCGGGUUUCAGGGACAAUUUAGCAAAGGGUGUUACAACAUAUAUGAGCUUUGUUCCCCUUGUAGGGAAGGGCCACGGUUUCUUUUCUAGUCUUCCUCAGAUGAUUCUUUCUAGAUUACGCAUGUCAAACUGUUUGAUAGUAGAAGGUGCAGGAACUGAAUGGGUUGCUCCAUGCAAAGUUUUGCGCAAUUGGACGGAAGAGUCUCGUAAGCUCUUACCUGAUAGCCUGCUUCGCAAGCAUCUUGGUGUUGGAUUCAUGCAUAAGGAUAUAAUUCUACCAGAUUCAUUAGCUCGGGUUCUUGGGGUUGAGGAGUACGGACUGAAGGUUCUACUUCAGGUUAUAACUUCUCUAUGCUCUUCAAAAGAUGGUCUAAGGUCAAUGGGUUUGGGUUGGUUAUCUUCAUGGUUAAACACUGUCUAUACAUUGUUGUCAGUUGGGAAAGACUUAGCAGGUUUUGGGACAGAAUCAGAUCUCAUGAAGGACCUUAGGAAAAUUCCAUUUAUACCCCUUUCAGAUGGUAAAUAUGGAUCUUUGGAUGAAGGCGCAGUUUGGUUGCAUUUUCAUUCACUGGGUACCACAAUUAAUGAUGUGUAUGCACCAGAAACUUUCCCAAGAUUGUAUGCUAGUGUUAGAACUGUGAGUUCUGCACUUCUUUCUGCUGCUGCUGCUCUUGGCACAUCAUGCUGUGGAUCAUCAGUAGUAGAUAAUGUUUCUAUGAUGCUGUACAGAGUUGGUGUCCAGCAGUUAUCGGCACAUCAAAUAGUAAAGAUACAUAUUCUACCUUAUCUUUACAGAGAGCAAAAUGAACAAGAACAUAAAGAAAUAAUGACCGAGUAUCUUGCUUUCUUGAUGUUCCACUUACAGUCAAGUUGCUGCGACUGCCAAUUAGAAAAAGAACAGAUUAUCAGGGAAUUGCGUGACAAUGUCUUUAUUUUGACUAAUCAUGGCUGCAGGCGUCCUGUAGAGGUUCCCAUCCAUUUCAGCAAAGAAUAUAGAAAUCCCAUAGAUAUGAGGCGAUUAAUUCAAGGAUUAGAUCUUACAUGGCAUGAAAUUGAAGAUAUGUACUUAAAGCAUCCUAUCAACAGAAUGUUAUCUGGAGGUGUAUUAAAAUGGCGAAAGUUUUUCCAGGAAAUGGGAAUCGGUGAUUUUGUACAGGUUCGUGAAGUUGAGAAAAGUAUGUCUGAUGUAUGCCCUCUUCCCAUGAAUGUGACAUGGGAUAAAGAUUUGAUCCCCAUAGGAUCAAUUGCAAAAGAUUGGGUGUCAGAAGAAUUUGUCAAUAUGCUGUUACAACUGUCUUCUAUUCGUGACACGGAAAAAUGCAAGUACCUCUUGGAGGUACUUGAUAGAUUGUGGGAUGAUUACUUCAGUGAUAAGGUUACUGGCUUCUAUUUCACUUCUAAUGGAGAAAGGAAAAUUUUUGAUUCAGCAUUCAGCAGAAUCCUCUGUGAUAUUCGAUGGAUAGCAUCAACUCUUGAUAAUGAGCUCCACUGUCCAAGGGAGUUAUUCCAUGAUUGCGAGGCUGUGCGCUCAAUUUUUGGUGAUAAUGUUCCUUAUACUGUUCCCAAGGUGAGAAGUGAAAGGUUGAUAACAGCUCUUGGUUUGAAAACCCAAGUUACAGUCGAUGACACUCUAGCAAUUCUUAAAGUUUGGAGAGCUAAAGCUCUGUUGAGAGCUAGUGUGUCACAAAUGUCCAGAUUUUACACAUUCAUGUGGAAUAGGAUGAAUACUUCAGAGAGAAAAGUGGUUGAAGAAUUAUGUGAUGGGCCUUGUGUGUUUGUCCCUUGUCAGUUUGGUGCUUCACUUGAAGAUGCUGUACCUGGUGUUCUGUUGUCACUUAAAGAAGUCUUUUGGUGUGAUUCAACUGGUUCUGUGGACCAAGUGAAGAUGGUCAAUACGAAAUUUGUGCAACAACAUCCUGUUACCAGAAUAUUAUGUAGCUUGUACCCAGGCCUUCAUGACUUUUUUGUUAAUAGAUGUGGAGUGGAUGAGUUGCCUCAUUUCCAUGGAUACCUUCAAAUAUUGCUGCAUUUGUCUGCAGGUGCUUUGCCUUCGCAAGAAGCUAAGAAAGUUUUCCAUAUAUUUCUCAAGUGGGCUGAUGAGCUAAAAUCUGGCUCUUUGAGAUUUGAAGAUGUUGAUUUCUUGGAAAAGAGUCUCAAGGAAAAGCAGUAUCUGAUUCUUCCCACUGCAAAAAAUAAAUGGGUAUCUCUCAACCAAUCCUUUGGGAUCAUCUGUUGGUGUGAUGAUGAUGAGUUAAGAACGGAAUUUGAGCAUUUUGAUAAUAUUAACUUUCUCUACUUUGGGAAACUCAAUGAUGAGGAAAAGGAAAUUCUCCGAACAAAAGUUUCGAUCUUCCUGCGUAGAUUAAAUAUUCCUUCUCUUUCCGAGGUUGUAACGCGUGAAAUCAUAUAUGAUGGUCCAACAGACACUUGUUUUAUAGCUUCAAUGGUUAACUGGGCUCUUCCAUAUGCUCAACGAUAUAUAUAUAACAUUUACACAGACAAGUAUUCGCAGCUCAGCCAGUCUGUAUUUGAGAACUUGAGAUGCCUACAGAUCGUUGUCGUUGAAAAGUUGUUCCACAAGAAUGUUAUUAAAAGUGUCCACAUAGAAUCAGAGAAGCAGUUUGAGUGCAGUUGUCUGCUAGAGGGAAACAUCUUGUAUGCCACACGAGAAUCAGAUUCUCAUUCAAUAUUCAUGGAGAUUUCUCGUUUAUUCCAUUCUAGAGCUCCUGACUUGCACUUGGCAAACUUUCUUCAUAUGAUCACGGCAAUGGCAAAGUCAGGUUCCACUGAGGAGCAAAUUGAGUUUUUCAUUUUGAAUAGCCAGAAAAUGCCCAAGCUUCCUGUAGGUGAAUCUGCUUGGUCACUUGCGAACAUUCCAUUGUCAACUGAUAGUGUGACAUGGCUGAUGACUAGUUGUGCUCCUAAAACAAUUGGUGAGACAAACACACUGAAUUUCAAGCAGAAACCUGGAGGCAGCUCAAAUUGCUCACCUAGGAAAACUGAUCAUGGUGUCCACGACUCUUAUGCAAGUGCUAUGAAGACACAGGCCGCUAGUAGCAUCCAACCAAGGAAGGAAGAGACUAUCGAAGAAAUUAUAGAAACAUCUGCUCAGGCUCCAACUCAGAUCACUUGUGUUCGCAACGAUCCAAUAGCCCCUGUAGACUACAAAACUAAUGACAGUUUCCACGCUUCUCGUGCAAGUGCUAGCAAGAGGCAGGCAGUCGGUGGCAUCCUUUCAAGUAAGGAGGAGACUGUUGAAGAAGUUAUAGCAGAAACAUCUGUUCUGACUCCAACUGAGAUCACUUGUGGUCGCAAUCAUCCAACAUCCCGUGCAGACUGGAAAAGUGACCAUGGUUUCUGUGGUUCUUGUGCAAGUGUUAUGAAGACACAGGCAGCCAGGUGCAUUGAACCAAGGAGGGAGGAGACUAUUGAAGAAGUUAUAGAAGAAACAUCUGCUCUGACUCCUACUCAGAUCAUUUGUGUUCGCAAUGAUCCAGUACCCACUAAUGGGAAAACUGAUCAUGGUUUCUAUGGUUCUCAUGCAAGUCAUAUGAAGACACAGGCAGACAGUGAUAUCCAACCAAGAAAGGAGGAGACUGUUGAAGGAGUUAUGGCAGAAACAUCUGCUCCGGCUCCAACUGAGAUCACUUGUGGUCACAAUGAUCCAGCACCCACUGCUGACGGUAAAACUGGACAUGGUUUCUGUGAUUCUCAUGCAAGUGUUAUGAAAACACAGGAAGCUAGUGACAUCCAACCAAGAAAGGAGGGGACUGUUGAAGAAGUUAUAGCAGAAACAUCUGUUCUGGCGUCAACUGAGAUAAGUCAAGGUCGCAAUGAUCCAGCAUCUGCUGCAGCUUUUCUAGGUUCACGAGAUACUGAUCAUGUAUGUAAUGUGCUCGUAACUUCUACUAUCAAUGCUGCAAGUGGCGCUCCUUAUAAUGUGACUGCACCACAAAACCUGAAUUAUAGUUCAUUUGAUAUCAAAGAAAGAGGUCAAUCUUCCAUAGGCAUGGGUUAUCCUCAACAGGCAUUGUUAACUGGCAGAUUCUCCGGUCAUGUACAUAAUGUGCUGGUGCCUUCUACUGUGAAUCCAGCAAUUAAUAAUGUGACAGCACAACAAGACCUGAGCUAUAAUUCCUUUGACACGAGAGAAAGAGUUCAGUUCUCUUUUGGCAUGGUUGAUCCUCAACAGGCAUUGUUAACUGGCAGACUGGGAGAAUCUGCUGCAUUCAAUUACUUCGUGGGGAAAUUUGGCAAGCCUUUUGUGAAAUGGGUUAAUGAAACUUAUGAGACGGGGCUUCCUUACGACCUUCUUGUGGCAGGUAAUGAGUAUAUAGAAGUAAAGGCAACUAGAUCAGUGACAAAGGAUUGGUUCCAUAUUACUUUGAGGGAAUGGCAGUUUGCACUUGAGAAAGGUGAACUUUUUAGCAUUGCACAUGUUGUAUUGUCACCUUAUAAUGCAGCAACAGUGACUGUUUAUAAGAACCCAGCCAGACUCUGUUGUCAUGGUAAACUACAGUUAGCUCUUAUAAUACCCAAGUAAUAAACUUUUUAUAUGUAUACAAGGCUUGUUCAUCUUUCAGGUUUAGAUGAUAGAAUAUGAUAAGAAAUACUUGCAUCAUUCGUGAAAUUAAGUAAAU